ACCAACCAGGCUGGGUUCCUCCGCCCAGAGGGUGUCACCAUCAAACUGAGAGUAUUUGGAGAGAGCAGACGCUGCUGUUUGGAUGCUCCUCUCUCUCAGUGGCCAUCAUGUCUUUGACUUCUGCCUACCAGCAUAAAUUAGCAGAGAAGCUCACUAUCCUGAAUAAUCGAGGUCAGGGGGUUCUCAUCCGUAUGUACAACAUCAAGAAGACUUGUUCAGACCCCAAGUCCAAGCCACCUUUCUUGCUGGAAAAGUCCAUGGAAUCAUCCAUCAAGUACAUCAACAAGAAAUUUCCCACCAUAGAUGUUCGAAACAGCACGCAACACUUAGGACCUGUACAUCGAGAAAAAGCUGAGAUAAUCAGAUUCCUCACCAACUAUUACCAGUCAUUUGUGGAUGUCAUGGAAUUUCGGGAUCAUGUGUAUGAACUUCUCAAUACCAUUGAUGCCUGCCAGUGCCAUUUUGAUAUCAAUCUCAACUUUGACUUCACUCGGAGUUACCUGGACUUGAUUGUGACUUACACCUCAGUUAUCUUGCUUCUGUCACGAGUUGAGGACCGACGAGUACUCAUUGGCAUGUACAAUUGUGCCCACGAGAUGCUGCAUGGGCACGGUGACCCCAGUUUUGCUCGUUUGGGCCAGAUGGUCUUAGAAUAUGACCAUCCACUGAAGAAGCUGACAGAAGAGUUUGGGCCUCACACAAAGGCAGUGAGUGGAGCCCUCCUUUCUUUGCAUUUCCUCUUUGUCCGGAGGAACCAGGGGGCUGAGCAGUGGCGCAGUGCCCAGCUUCUCAGUAUCCUCAGCACUCCCCAGACCAUGAUUAACCCUGCGAGCUCGGACACGAUGGCUUGUGAGUAUCUGUCUGUGGAAGUGAUGGAGCGCUGGAUUAUAAUUGGGUUUCUUCUUUGUCAUGGGUGCCUCAACUCCAACAGCCAGUGCCAGAAGCUGUGGAAGCUGGGUCUGCAGGGCUCGCUGUACCUCACCCUCAUCCGGGAAGAUGUGCUACAGGUGCACAAAGUUACUGAGGAUCUCUUUAGCAGUUUGAAAGGGUAUGGCAAGCGUGUGGCAGAUAUCAAGGAGAGCAAGGAAUAUGUGAUCGCAAACAGUGGCCAGUUUCACUGUCAAAGGCGGGAGUUUCUGCGGACGGCUAUGAAGGAGCUGGAGACCGUGUUAACGGAUGAGCCGGGACUACUGGGUCCUAAGGCCCUUCUUGCUUUCAUGGCCCUGUCCUUUAUUCGUGAUGAAGUCACCUGGCUGGUUCGCCAUACAGAAAAUGUCACCAAGACAAAGACACCUGAAGACUAUACUGACUCGAGCAUUGCAGAGCUACUUUUCUUGCUGGAGGAGAUCAGGGCUCUGGUGCGACAACAUGUCAAAGUGAUCCAGCAAUACCACCUUCAGUACUUGGCCAGAUUUGAUGCUCUUGUGCUCAGUGACAUCAUUCAGAACCUGUCUGUGUGUCCAGAGGAGGAGUCCGUCAUCAUGUCGUCAUUUGUCAGCACGCUCUCCUCUCUGAAUCUCAAACAAGUUGAUAGUGAGGAGAAAUUUGAUUUCUCUGGACUGAGACUGGACUGGUUCCGCCUUCAGGCAUAUACCAGUGUGGCCAAGGCCCCCCUGCACCUGCACGAGAACCCUGACCUAGCCAAGGUGAUGAAUCUCAUCGUCUUUCACUCCCAAAUGCUGGACUCGAUAGAGAAGGUUCUGGUGGAAACUUCUGACCUGUCUACUUUCUGCUUUCAUCUCCGUACCUUUGAGAAGAUGUUUGCAAUGACCCUAGAGGAACCCACCAUGUUGCGUUAUGCCAUUGCUUUCCCCUUGAUUUGCACCCAUUUUGUCCACUGCACUCAUGAGAUGUGCCCAGAGGAGUAUCCUCAUCUGAAGAACCAUGGUCUUCACCACUGCAAUUCCUUCCUGGAAGAGCUGGCCAAGCAGACCAGCAACUGUGUUCUGGAGCUCUGUGCUGAACAGCGAAACUUGAGCGAGCAGCUUCUUCCUAAGCACUGCGCCACAACCAUCAGCAAGGCCAAGAAUAAGAAGACCAUGAAACAGAAGCAGGCUCCCAGGAAAGGAGAGCCAGAGCGCGACAAGCCAGGGGCUGAGAGUCACCGGAAGAAUCGCAGCCUUGUCACCAACAUGGACAAGCUACAUCAGCACUUGAUGGAACUGGCGCUGACAAUGAAUCACGUACACAGUUUCUCUGUGUUUGAACACAUUAUCCACCCUUCUGAGUAUCUCAGCAGCCACUUGGAGGCCAGGCUCAACAAAGCCAUCGUGUGGCUAGCUGGCUACAAUCCCACAACACAGGAGAUCCUGAGGCCUUCUGAGCUGUUGGCAGGUGUCAAAGCAUACGUUGGAUUCAUACAGUCCCUGGCCCAGUGUUUGGGUGCAGACGUGUCCAGAGUCAUCCGCAAUGCUCUACUGCAGCAGACCCAGCCCCUGGACUCUUGUGGGGAGCAGACCAUCACCACGCUCUACACAAACUGGUACUUGGAGAGUCUGCUUAGACAGGCCAGCAGUGGGACCAUUGUCCUCUCCCCAGCCAUGCAGGCCUUCAUCAGCCUCCCCAGAGAGGGUGAGCAGAACUUCAGCGCAGAGGAGUUCUCAGACGUCUCUGAGAUGCGAGCCUUGGCUGAACUCCUGGGUCCCUACGGCAUGAAGUUUCUGAGUGAGAACCUGAUGUGGCAUGUGACCUCUCAGAUUGUGGAGCUGAAGAAGCUAGUGGUGGAAAACAUGGAUACCCUUGUUCAGAUCCGAUCCAACUUUAGCAAGCCAGACUUGAUGGCAUCUCUGCUGCCCCAGCUGACAGGGGCUGAGAAUGUGCUGAAGCGCAUGACCAUCAUUGGAGUGAUCCUCAGUUUUAGGGCCAUGGCCCAAGAGGGACUUCGAGAGGUUUUCUCCUCCCACUGCCCGUUUCUCAUGGGUCCCAUUGAGUACCUGAAGGAAUUUGUCACUCCAGACACAGACAUCAAGGUAACCCUGAGUGUCUUUGAGCUGGCAUCUGCUGCAGGGGUGGACUGUGACAUUGAUCCAGCCCUGGUAGCUGCGAUUGCCAAUCUGAAAGCUGAUAACUCUUCCCCUGAAGAGGAAUACAAGGUGGCCUGCCUGCUCCUGAUCUUUCUUGCAGUUUCCCUCCCACUCCUUGCCAUGGACCCUUCUUCCUUCUAUAGCAUUGAAAAGGAUGGUUACAACAACAACAUCCACUGCCUGACCAAGGCCAUCAUCCAGGUGUCCGCUGCUCUCUUCACGCUCUACAACAAGAACAUUGAAACACACCUUAAGGAAUUUCUAGUGGUGGCUUCUGUCAGCCUCUUGCAACUGGGCCAGGAGACUGACAAGCUUAAAACCAGAAAUCGGGAAUCCAUUUCUCUGCUCAUGCGCUUGGUGGUGGAGGAGUCAUCCUUCCUGACCCUGGAUAUGCUGGAAUCCUGUUUCCCUUAUGUCCUGCUUCGAAAUGCCUAUCGGGAGGUAUCUCGGGCCUUCCACCUGAAUCGGGUGCCUGCAAAUACCUACUGAAAGGCCCUUUGCAUCCAUCAAAAGCCACACCAGAGUGGAAGCUGUGGUCAUUAUCUUGAGGGUGGGAAUAGGGUGGGGGUCACUAGGGAAAGGGUUAGGAAGCCAGAAGUGAUGAACAGGUGAACAGGAAUAGUGCGGGGCUGAGAAAUCAGAGAAAAGUAGGGCAUUCUGAAGGCAUGAAAGACAGUUUAUGGAGGACUGGGGCCACGUAUGUGAAUUUUUAUCACAAAAAAGUAACAUGUAAGUACAUUUCCUAUCUUCUAGUGACUAGAGCUUGAGCUCCGACAGGCAUGGGCCUCUCCGACCUUCAUCACUAUUCUAGGAUAAUGCUGGCGGGCAGAGAUGAUCAAUCAUCAUAUUAAACCAUAAUGAGCUUAUAAUCCUCCCACUGGAGCUGCUAUUGUCUCCUGCACAUUCAUUAGGACGAUUAUCUCUUCUCUUCCUUUCCCAAAUGUGUUCAGCAAACAUCCAACCUGCUCCUACUGCAGAGCAGCAGGAGAGGGACCUCUCUUCUCUGUGGGGCUCUUCCUCUGCCUCUAUUUGCCUGCUUUUCCCACUGAGGUGGGGUAAAACAUCUUUCAUGGAGUUACACACACACACACACACACACACACACACACAAAACACACACACUCACCUGUCACCAUGAGUAAUGAAUAAAUUUUCUGCUGUUUUCACCUGCCUGCUUUUUCUCUGCUAUCUCCACAGCCCUGAACAGAGGGGUAGUUUAGGUUAAUCCUAGGUCACAUGACACCAAGUGGACAGGACUCCUGUGGGUUUUCCCUCCUGUACCCAUUCAGGGACAUUCUGCCUUUUUGGAGGGACUAACUUAACCCCAAAUCCUCUUUUCAUCCUAGGUACAGCUGUUGCUCUAGGCAGGGAUUUCUUUUCUAGAUCUUAAAUUUCACAGACCUCAUUAGGUUGUAGGGCCCUGAGCGUGAGUACCUCGAGGGAGUACAAGCUGUUUCAACUUAGCCCUUUGCUGCACUAAUUAGAAUUUCAAGUGUCACAGAGCCUGGGGCGUUUAAGAUAGCACAAAAGUAGGUUUAGUUAACUCUAAGGCAGGAAGCAGUGGCCCCAUCCAUCACUGAUGUACACCCACUGCCAGGGACGACUAGAGCACCAGAUCAUGCACGUCACAGUGUGGAGUGGUUGUAAUGGGCAAAUGUAAUUAGCUAGGUGAUUAAUUAGGGUCAUACUCAUAUUUUCAUCAUGAAAGGGAAGCUUUUGUUGGCUUUAGGCAAAACCAUCCGGCCUUCAUUAAACUGUUUGGUAGCUGCUUUG